AGAACCAGAAAAGCCAGAAAAGGAGAGGAAUCGGAAUUCGGAAUGGAAGAAUCAAGUUGAUCGAACUGCGUUCUCUAUUCUUUCGCUCAAUGAAAACACAGCACCACUUGGUUACAUUUUGGUGUUGUCUGUGCCAAAAAUUGUUUGUUUCAAUCAACCACAGUGACAGCUCUGGAGGUAAAUCUCUGUCAUGAAGAUGUAGCAGACAAACUAAUUGGAAGUUUGGCAGGUGAUAAGAGCCAUUGUGGGGCAUUGGUGACAGCUGAAGAUGGAUGCAAAUGGAAACGACAACAUUGACCCUUCAGAUAGAAGGAGGGUUGUUAGACCAAAGAGUGGUUUGGUUAACCGUGAGGACACUGAUGUAGCACAGCAGAGCCUUAUGGCAGACAGGUAUUAUCGUGAAAUGGAGACCCAAGAUUUUGAAAACCGUGACUUAGAGUUCGUUUAUGAUGACAGUGAUUCACCACUAAAUGAGAUUGCUGAACUGUAUAGUUAUACUGAACAGCCUGAGUUUCAGCUUAAUGUUAAGGCUUUUGAAGAUUUGAUGGAAGAUGCACAGCUCAGUCCUUCAUGGCAAAAGCUAGACAGAGAAAAGCAAAAGUCCCUAAUACUAAAAUGGUUAGAUCUUCUUGAAAUGUCUAAGAGUGAAAGCCGUAUGCGAGCUGCAAGAUGUUUUCUGUACUUGUCUCAAGGCUGCUGGGCUGAACAGCAAUCGGAUGAAGAGCAGCAGCAAGCAACUCGCGAUAAUGUGAUGCUCCUCAAUGAAUGUGGAGUGUUUUUUGCCUUUGUUGACCUUCUCAACAUAAAUAUAGAAAACAGUGUUGCAUCUAUAAGUGCUCAAAGUAAACUAGCUGUAAGUCUUGCUGACUCAACAGAUUUGAGAGUGAUUUUAAGUGUGCUCUACAUCAUUGUGGAAGUCAUGCGCUUAUCCCUAACUGAUAGUGAUGAGAACUACAGGAAACAAGCCGAACAGUUUCACUCAGAUCUUGCUCACUCAUCUGGUGAAGAUGUUCUCAGUGUUCAGUUGUUAUCAAUGGUGACCAGAUUUUGUAGUGGCUCAGCACCACACUUUCCCAUGAAGAAAGUUCUUUUACUUUUGUGGAAAGUGAUUCUUCUCACUUUGGGUGGAAUGAGUGUUCUAAAAAAACUAAAGUCAGAAUAUCGUAAAGAAGCUGGCCUUCCCAUUAUUGAAGAAGAUACAAUUGAAAUUGCACAAAGCAUGCGUCCAUCAUCACCACCAGCCAGUGCCAAUGAUCUGUUGGUAGCUCAAGACAACCAACAGAGUAAACGCCGUUUUCGUCGCAACCUUAUGAAACAAGGUUCAUUGGACGUUAAUUCUGCUUUGGACUUUGAAUCAUCUGAUCAAUCAGAGCAGGAUGACCGCGACAUGGAAGAAAGAGAUCCAGAUACUCCUCGCACUCCAAGUCCUAUAGUUUCAGAUCCAGAACCAGAGCCGGAGCCAGAGCUCAAAGCUAAAGGCUUGCCAUGGAUGCCAAAAGUGCGUGGGAAAGAUUUGGACAAUUUCCUUGAUAAUACGAGAAUGAAGUUUGUUGGCUUUCCUUUGCAUGGGGAUAGAGACACACUUAUUGGGUUACCAGAGCCCAUUCAUGAGGGUGUUGCUGUCCUGAAACAGCACAUGUACACAUCUCUGGCAGAGCUUCAGAUUCAGAAAGAAGAAGUCAUGGCAAAGAGUCCAUUUUCAGUUCAGGAGCCUGAUGUUCCUUUAACACCUGCAGAAAUCCUUUAUCAGGCCAUGCUCCCCAACUUACCCCAGUAUGUAAUAGCCUUGUUGAAGAUACUUUUAGCUGCUGCUCCAACAUCCAAAGCAAAGACUGAUACCAUUAAUAUCAUGGCUGAUGUUCUUCCAGAAGAAAUGCCUAUGACGGUUGUUCAGUCAAUGAAGCUUGGCACUGACGUGAAUCGUCACAAGGAGAUUAUUGUGAAGGCUGUUUCGGGUAUUUUAUUGUUGUUGCUUAAACAUUUCAAGAUCAAUCAUGUGUAUCAGUUUGAAUUUAUGUCACAGCAUUUGGUCUUUGCAAACUGUAUCCCUCUUGUACUGAAGUUUUUUAACCAGAAUAUUAUGGCUUAUGUUCGAGCCAAGAAUGUAAUUCCAAUUCUGGACUUUCCCGCUUGUGUGAUUGGAGAGCAGCCUGAGCUAACAGUUGAGAGUCUAGAGAUUGGGGACAACCAACCUUACUCAUGGAGGAAUGUGUUUUCAUGUGUCAACCUUCUUAGGAUUCUGAAUAAGCUGACUAAGUGGAAACAUUCUCGGAUUAUGAUGCUUGUAGUUUUUAAAUCCGCUCCAAUAUUGAAAAGAACUUUAAAGGUACGACAUGCUAUGAUGCAAUUAUAUGUUCUAAAACUCCUGAAAAUGCAGACCAAAUACCUUGGUCGCCAAUGGCGGAAAUCAAACAUGAAAACUAUGAGUGCCAUUUAUUCUAAGGUUCGGCAUCGCUUAAAUGAUGACUGGGCUUUUGGAAAUGAUCUUGAUGCUAGACCGUGGGAUUUCCAGGCAGAAGAGUGUGCUUUACGGGGCAAUGUAGAUCGCUUCAACAACAGACGUUAUGGCAGUGGGCCUGACUCUGAGCUGAAAUCAACAGUAGAUACGAGCAUUCAGAGUGUACUAGGUCAAGAUAUUGAACUAACUGAAGAGUUUAAACAGCACUAUGAGAUAUGGUUGCAUCAAGUUCUGUCUGUGAAUGUGAAUUGGGAUGAACUUAUAGAUAAGGCAUAUCUGUGACCCCCAUAAAUAACUGAUCUACUUUUGUUUUUUUAUCACCAUUGCAUUUUAAUAAAUUUUAUUAUGUUUAUUUAGCUUGUCCACGCAAUAUUAUGUGUUUCUUUUAUGUAUUUGUAUUGGUACUUGGCUUUGUGUAUACCUAUGAAUUCAGCAAUGACUUGUACAAUGGAAGUUACAAGAAAAAGAAUGUAUAAUUUAAUACACUAAUUAUUUCAUCUUGGGCUAAUUUUAGUCACUAGUCUCACUUCAUAGAAGAAAAAAAAAUAUACUAGGAUAUGCAAGGAAAACCUAUUUGUCAGACAUACUUGCAGAUAAUGUCUCCAUUUUUUUAUUGUAAUAAAAAACAGCUGUGAGUCAUUAUUAUAAAUCCAAUAAACAAAAUAAGUUUUUGUAUAAAAAUA